AUGAAACUAUCAAUUGUGUUAAUUGCGGUGUUAUUGCCAUUCAUAACAUUACUCAACGCUCAGGACUCACAGGACUCUCAGGACUUUCUGGACUUUUUGACGCAAACCGUGAAUACCUUUAAACUAAAUUUUCACAAAUCAUUUGAACAGUCGAGAGUCAGACGCAAACAGGACUACACUUUGCCAUCGAAAGGGGGACCUCAAAGUUGUCAACACUUCCACAGCAAUUCCGAGCCAUGUAUUGUCGGGCAAUCGCCAAAACGGACCGAUUCGGGUGUGGGCUGUCAUCGAGGACUCGGUUCACUACACGUACCUCUUCUCCGGUCACGCGAACGGACUGUUGGUUUUGGCCAACUACCGAGCCAUGUAUUGUCGGGCAAUCGCCAAAACGGACCGAUUCGGGUGUGGGCUGUCAUCGAGGACUCGGUUCACUACACGUACCUCUUCUCCGGUCACGCGAACGGACUGUUGGUUUUGGCCAACUUGAAGAUGAUUCCGGCGGGCGUUAAGACACAGGACCAGAUCGCCGAAGUGACACCACUGGCCUAUUAUUUCGAAAAGGGUAAUGGAGUGCCGUUUAAGACACAGUACUUUCUGUACGAGUCGUACAUAUGGCUUGUGGUGGCGUUCAAGUCGCGCGGCGAACGUGAAUACCUGGCCGUCUAUGAGUACAACCCGAACGCUCGCACUUUUCGCCGAAGACAGACCAUCGAGAUGGACAUCCAGAGCGACUUCGACGUCAUCCAGAGCGGCGACAGGCCUUAUAUGGCUGUCAGCUCUUACAUGAAGAGGACGUCCGUCGGCACAACUCUGCAGACAUCGGCGACGCUGUAUGAGUGGCGUCACACGCAGUUCGAUGAGAUCGCGAGCGCGCGGACCGAUUCCGCCACUUCUGUCAAACUGUUUCAAAUGUCGGGCGCACUGUAUAUGGCUGUCGCCCAAUACAACCGAUCCCUCACAAUGGGAAAACAAUAUAACAACAACUUCGUCGGCGGAUCUGCUGUUUUCUUCUACAACAGUCGCGAAGACGAAAAGUUGACAGCCGUUCAGGUGAUCCCGCAUUUCGCCACACGUGUGGAUCACUUUCGCGUCGAUGGCAACGAUUACCUGAUAUUUGUGAACCCAUACGAGAGGUCGCGUAUCUAUUGGUGGGCCGGCGACCAGUUUCUCAUCUAUCAGGAUCUGGUGGAGACCGAACACGCCAUGGCUGUGGCCGUCACACGACUGCCCAACGCCGAGAUAUUGUUGGCCUUUCUUUUCAAAGAUCGGGUCGUUUUCUUCACGGAAUCGCCGAACGCUAAGUACGAACCGGACGGACAACUGGUCAUACCUGAGCCCGCGUUUGUCGACAUUAAACUCUUCGCGUACCUCAAGAGAGCCUAUUUCGCGGUUUUCACGUUUGAAGACCUGAUGAAAGCGCCGUUGAGUGCGGUCUGGAGGUUGCAUCUGAUGGGCAAACCGCCGCCCGAACAUCACCACGAAACGGAUCCGCUCAGGAUUUGUCUCAAGAAGUUGGAGCAAAGUUUGACGAAUCGCGAGGAAGGACUCGUACAGCUGACCAAACAGGCCGAUCGGGUUUGGCUGAAGGAUCAGCUCCAAGAAGUAAAGUCGCCGGUCGUAGUGACCGGGAAACUGAUAGUUAACUCAUUAAGCGCUAAGACAUUACUGCUGACGAACGGCAACAAACCGGUGCCACAAAUCACUAACACUGAUGUGAACUCUCGGGUCAAUAGACUCACUAAUAGAGUGGACACAAUCGCUAACGACAUGCAUAACUUAGUCUACAAGACAGGCGAUCAGAUAAUAGAGGGCCGGACAGUGUUUACAGAGCCUAUUAGUGCCGGACAUUCAUCUGUUAAGAGCGUUGCGAACAACGAUAUGCUUUUGAAUGGCAUUAAAGUGAAUACAUUAGCCGAAGAGUCAUUGAAAAUCAAUGGCAAUCAAGUAAUUAACGCUCAUUUGUCACUCAAUAAUGGCCUAACAGUAGACAAUCUGGUGGUGAGACAAGCGAUCAAUAACGUGAAUGUCAGCGACGUUUUGCUGUCCAAUUGGUCGCACAUUCAAGAAGUCACUGGCAAUCAUGUGUACAGAGAUGUCUCUCUCCACUCCCAUCUGAACCUUCACCGCCAGUUUGGCUCAAUCAAUGGCAUACGUCCCGCCCAUAUCGUCACCAAAACGGGACCAAAACAAGAAAUUGGUGGCAAUAAAGUGUUUAACUCUUUAGACGCGACGUCUAUAGCGAUGUCUGGAGCUAUUAAUGGCCAUAAAAUUGGUGACAUCGCCCGCAGAGCUGUACGUCUUAACGGCCCGACUCAACACAUCACCGGACAGUUGAUAAUGGAUUCGCCGAUUACUGUCAGCCAAAUGGCUAUCAAAGGUCUCAUUAAUAAAGUGGUGAACAUAACUGAAUUGGCGUUAAACGCGGUGACCAUUGACGGCGAGCAGUCCAUCGCCGGCCGCAAGCAAUUCAAAGGUCCCGUUGGUGUUCGGAGAGACGUCGCCCUUAACGGUCGCAUCAAUGGUCUUAAGCUCAAGACGGAUGUGAUUACGACAAACACUAUUCAAAACAUAACGGGAAACUAUGUGUUCAAAACACCCGUACAUUUUGCUAAAGAUAUAGAGACUAAUUCUGUUAAUGGUAUGAAUUUAAGGGCCGAUUCUGUGCUGAAGAACACUCCUCUCAAUCAAUUGGUGGGCAGAAAAAUAUUUAACAAAACAAUUACCGUAUUGUCUGACAUAACAAUGGACUCCGGAAGCACUUUGGACGGCACUGACCCCUCGGAACUGCUCAAACUGGCCAUCAAUAAGACAAACACUGUGUUAAGUUUGGCUCAAUCAAUGGCAUACGUCCCGCCCAUAUCGUCACCAAAACGGGACCAAAACAAGAAAUUGGUGGCAAUAAAGUGUUUAACUCUUUAG